AGAGAACUUGGUGAGCUCUCCCCAUGGCUGUCUUAUUCCUCCUCCUUCUGUUCCUCUGUGGGCUUCCCCAGGCUGAAGCAGACAGCAUCCAGGCCAUCUAUGUGGUCUUGGGGGAGGCACUGGAGCUGCCAUGUCCCUCACCACCCGCCCUGCAUGGAGACGAAUUCCUGUCCUGGUUUCGCAGCCCAGCAGCAGGCUCCUCCACUGCUUUAGUGGCCCACGUCCAAGUGGCCAGGCCCUCCCCAGACCCUGGGAAGCCCAGAAGGGAAUCCAGGCUCAAACUGCUUGGAAACUACUCUUUGUGGCUGGAGGGGUCCAAGGCAGGAGACGCCGGGCGGUACUGGUGCGCCGUGCUGGGUCAGCGCUACAGGUACCAGAACUGGAGGGUGUAUGACGUCUCCGUGCUCAGAGGAUCCCAGUUCUCUGCGAGGGCUGCAGAUGGAUCUUCCUGCUCUGUCCUCCUGUGCUCUGUGAUCCCUGCCAGGAGCCUGGAGUCUGUGACCUGGCAGGAGGGGAAGGGUCCUGCGAAGAGGGAUGUGCAGUCCUUCUGGGGUGAUGGGGCUACCCUGCUCUUGGUGUGUCCUGGAGAGGGGCUUCCUGAGCCCAGGGCACGUAAACCAGGAAUCAUCCGCUGCCUCGCGCCUCAGAACAAAGGGAUCAGCUUUAGCCUGGCAGCCUCCACGGAUGCCUCCCCUGCCCUCUGUGUCCCUUCCGCAGACUGGGAUGUGGCCUGGAUCCUGACGCUGUUGCUCACAGUGGGCCAGGGGUUCACAAUCGUGGUCCUCGGCGUCAUGCUCUGGAGGCAGAGGGCCCAGGGGGCUCAACACAGAAAUGCCUCGUGUCCUCAGUUCAAACCCGAGAUCCAGGUCUAUGAGAACAUCCAUUUGGCCCAUCUCAGCCCACCUGCCCCUAAAACCAGGUGACCUCAAGGACAUCUGCUAGGAAGUGUGACCUGCUGACUCCCU